AUGGAUCUGCUCCUUAAUAGUAAACAUAACCCUCCCCCUCUACCAAACCGCGACCCCCUACCUCCUACGCGCCUACCCACACUUCCUCCACAUCUACCCACACCUCCUCUCAACCUACACAACCACGACAUCGAUCCUAACCCCCCUCUACAACACCAGCACCACAAUGCUAACACCGAUUCUCGUCCCGCUCCUCAACGCGCUGAUAAGCGCAGCGCAGACAGCACCGGCGAUAUCGGGGGUGGUGGUGAUGAUAGUGCUGCUGUGGACGGUGUUGACGGUAAUGAGUUGGAUGAGGAGAUUGGUGGCGUUUGGGGUAAAGAUGAUUUUUGGGCUGGUUUUUUGGGGGGGGAUGGGUUUGCUGGGUUUGUGGGUUUGGGAGAGGGGGGUGGGGAGGACGGGCGUGGAGGUUUUGGGGUGGGUUGGGGGGGAGGGGAGGGAGGAGGGGAGGGGGGAGACGGGGAGGGGUUGGUAGGUGCGGGGAUGUGCGGGUUGGAGAGGGAGGGAGGGAGGGGGGUGUGGAAUGAUAUGUUAUGUUAUGAUGUGAUAUGGAAGAGGCUCUCAUGCUGGGUGAUUUAG